UUUGAGUGUUUUGGAGAUUUUCGAAUCUUAUUAUCUCUAUAAAUGAAGCCCGGAAGCCUGUGGUUUUCCGCACGCUCUUCACAGCAACAUAAACAUUCUUCUAGCAUUCAAAUCGAUCAUCACCUCUCAAACCAAGAAAAACCUCAACCACCACCCAGUCACACCUUUUCUUUUAAAUUUUUUCCCUUCCUUUUUUUGUGUUUCCCUCCUCCAUCCACUCCUUUUUGAACCUGCAAAGAAAAAAUGGCUGAAGGUGUGCUCUUCAAUAUUGCGGAGGAAAUAAUAAAGACAUUAGGUUUCCUAACUGCUCAGGAGGUUGCACUAUGGUGGGGGAUCAAAGAUCAAUUGCGGAAGCUCAAUGACACAGCUACCAGGAUUAAGGCUGUGAUUCAAGACGCUGAGGAGCAGGCACAAAAACAGAACCAUCAAAUCGAAGACUGGCUCAUGAAGCUGCGGGAAGCUGUAUAUGAUGCCGAGGAUUUGCUGGACGAUUUCUCAACACAAGUUGUGCGGAAACAGUUGAUGCCUGGGAAAAGAGUAUCGAGGGAGGUACGCCUUUUUUUCUCAAGAUCAAACCAAUUUGUGUAUGGUUUACGGAUGGGUCAUAGAGUUAAAGCACUUAGAGAGAGACUAGAUGACAUUGAAACUGACAGUAAAAAAUUCAACUUUGAUGUUCGUGGUGAGGAGAGAGCAGCUUUGACCACUGUCAGGGAGCAAACUACCUCAUCUGAACCUGAAAUAAUAGUUGGGAGAGAGAGUGACAAAAAGGCAGUUAAAACAUUUCUGAUGAAUUCCAACUAUGAACAUAAUGUUUCUGUCAUCUCUGUAGUUGGAAUAGGAGGGUUGGGGAAGACCACACUAGCUCAACAUGUUUACAAUGAUGAGCAAGUUCAGGUACACUUUGGUGUGAAACUCUGGGUAAGUGUCUCUGGUGGAUUAGAUGCUAGAAAGAUCAUCAAAGGGAUUAUAGGUAGAGAUUUUGAUGAUCAGUUAGAGAGUCUGAGAAGGGAGCUUGAAGAGAAAAUAGAAAAAAAGAAGUAUCUUCUUGUAUUAGAUGAUGUGUGGGAUGGUGAGGAAGGUCUGGAUGGUGAAAAAUGGGAUAGGUUGAAGGAGUUGUUACCACGUGAUGCAGUAGGAAGUAAGAUAGUGAUAACUACACGUUCUCACUUAAUUGCAAAUUUCACAAGCACAAUAGAACCACAUGUUUUAGAAGGUCUGUCAGUAGAUGAGUCAUGGGAUCUGUUUAGAAGAAAGGCAUUUCGUCAAGGGCAAGAUUCAGGUCAUGUAGAUGAGAAAAUUAGAAAAGAGAUUGUAGAGAGGUGUUGUGGAGUUCCUUUGGUCAUAAAGGCAAUUGCGAGGUUAAUGUCUUUGAAAGAUAGAGCCCAGUGGUUGCCCUUUAUCCAACAAGAACUUCCAAAUAAGGUCCAAGAUGAUAACAUCAUUCAUACCCUUAAGUUAAGCUACGAUCCUCUUCCAUCAAUUAUGAAGCAUUGCUUUGCAUACUGUGGCUUAUUCCCGAAAGGUCAUAGGAUUGAUGUGAAGUCAUUGAUUCAACUUUGGAUUGCACAAGGGUUCAUUAGCUCUUCAAAUUCAGGUGGUGGGAGUCUUGAAAUUGAUGGUCUUAGUUGCUUUGAGAAUUUAUUGUGGAGGUCAUUCUUCCAUGAAGUGGAAAAGGAUGGAUUUGGGAACAUAAAAAGUUGCAAAAUGCAUGAUUUUAUGCAUGAUCUUGCAACCCAUGUCGCUGGUUUUCAGAGCAUCAAAGUGGAGCGUGGAGGAAAUAGGAUUAGUGAAUUGACUCGGCACGUGUCAUUUGACACGGAAUUGGAUUUGUCUUUGCCUUGUUCAAAACAUCUAAGAACACUUGUAUUAUUGAGAGGUGGCAAAUGGGAUGAGGGGUCAUGGGAGUCUAUUUGUCGAGACUUUAGGGUUUUACGUGUGCUUGUUUUGAGUCAUUUGGAAAUGAAGAAAGUGUCACCUCUCAUUCAAAAGCUCAAGCAUCUGAAAUAUCUUGAUCUUUCGAAUAAUGAGAUGGAGGCGCUUUCUAAUUCUGUCACCACUCUAGUAAAUUUGCAAGUGCUCAAGCUCAAUGGUUGUAGUAACCUUAAAGAACUACCUAGAGAUAUUAUUAAGCUAAUUAACCUGAGGCAUCUUGAUGUUGGUUGCACUCUUGAUCGUGAUUUAUGUGAGAAUUUAGAGUAUAUGCCUCGUGGGAUCGGGAAAUUAACUAGUCUACAGACGUUGUCAUAUUUCGUGGCUGCUAAGAAUAGGAGUCCUAAAUCUGAGAUGAUAGGUGGAUUGGAUGAGUUGAGAAGGUUAAAUGAAUUGAGAGGGAGCGUAGAAAUAAGAGUCAAGGGAUAUGAGGGUAGUUCUUAUAUAUCAGAAUUUGAAGGAGCUAGAUUGAUAGAUAAACAAUAUCUUCAGUCGUUGACCGUAUGGGUGACCAUAAGGGAGGAUAUUGAUUCAGAUAUUGAUUUGUAUGAUAAAAAAAUGUCGCAAAGCCUCCAGCCAAACUCGAGUCUUCAAGAGUUGGUAGUUAAAGGCUAUGGAGGUAUGAGGUUUCCUAGUUGGGUUUCACAGCUCUCAAAUAUUGCAAGUAUUCAUCUAGAACAUUGUAGAAGACUCAAGCAUAUCCCUCCCUUGCAUGGAAUCCCUUCUCUUGAAGAAUUAAGUAUUGGGGGAUUAGAUGAUUUGGAGUACAUAGAUAGUGAGGGGGUUGGAGGAAAAGGAGUGUCGAUGUUUUUCCCAUCCUUAAAGAGACUUCAUAUUUUUCAUUGUCAUAGACUGACGGGAUGGUGGAAGAGAUCGAGUAGAGAUGAGAUGGAUGAUGAUCGUGAUGAGUCAACAAUAGAAGAAGGGUUGAUAAUGCUCUGUUUUCCACGUCUUUCUUCCUUGAGCAUUUCUGCAUGUCCAAAUCUGACUUCAAUGCCGUUGUUUCCAACUCUCGAUGAACUUCUUCGUUUGUGGGAGAGUAGUUCAAUGCCAUUACAACAGACAAUGAAGAUGACAUCACCAAUCUCUUCUUCUUCUUCUUCUUCUUCAUUUAUCCAUCCUCUCUCCAAAUUGAAGAGUCUAUAUAUGCAUUCAAUUGAUGACAUGGAAUCUCUUCCAGAAGUAGGGCUGCAAAAUCUCUCUUCUCUUCAAUGGCUAUCGAUCUAUGCAUGUCCAAGAUUGAAGUCUCUGCCGCUGCCUGCUCAGGGGAUGCAUUCUCUUCAGAAAUUAGAUAUCAUUGGCUGCAGAGAAUUGAAGUCGCUAUCUGAAUCUGAAUCUCAAGGGAUGAUACCCUACCUUCCCUCUUUGCAAUUCUUAAGAAUCGAUUACUGCAGUGAAGAGAUGAGUGGAAGAACAAGAGGAUGGGGAAAGGAGAGCGAGGAGGAGUGGCCUAUCAUUAAACACAUUCCAUAUAUUUCCAUUGAUGGCUACUACAUUCAAAGGGAGGGUCGCUAUGUAAAGGGUGAAGGAUACUAAGGAGUAAAAGAGCAUUUUCACCGAACAUACAUACUUACAUGUAUGAAAGCUUGGACUUCAAGGUCCAUUCCUUGAAAAAAAGAUUUACUUUCAAGUCAGAAAUGGAAAAUUCAGUGAAAGUUUUGGAAGGCAGAAUCCUCUUUUGUAUCCCUUUCUUGGAUGCGUAGUAUGUUAUAGGAUUACUUAC